AUGAUUCAUAUAGCUAGAAAUACAGAAAAUCUAAGUGAAAUUAGAGAGCAAAUUCAUACUGCAUCAAAUCAAUCUAUAUAUCAAAUAAUUAUAGAAGAAAUAGAAUUUGCUCUUAACAAGCUUAACAGAAAUCAGGGUAAAGAUAUUGAAAGCUUGUGGAGAAAAUUUUAUUCAUUAUAUUGUAUGAUACAAAGUGAUAGUUUAACAGAAGAUAAUAUUAAUCAGUUUGUACAAGAUGCUCAGAAAUGGGUUCAAGAAUUUGCUAGACCAACUAAAAAAACAUUAAAUAAACAAAUUACACAAGAAGGAUUAUAUCAAU